GCACCAUCAGGCCUGACUUCAUUUCUCAGUCAACCUCUUCGAACGAGUCGACUUCUCAAAACAGCUGCACAGUGGGCACUGAGGUCCGCCUCGCAGGACCACCAGCGGGAGAAGCAGCAGCAGCAGCCUGCCAUGCCAACCGCCUUAUUGUAUGGUUGUCGCAAUCAGCAAUGUACACUACCUCGCCCGACCCUCCUUCCCCCAUGUCAGUGCAGACGUCAGACGGCCCGUCGAGCCCCGCCUUGUCGGCAGCCGUGCCGUCGGCAGCAUCCCCCUCGCUGCCGGUCCCCGCAACCGUUGUGAUGAAGGCUGUACCCACACAGAGAGACAGAGAGACGGAGAGACAUGAGAGUCUCUCGUGGAUGUUUUAGUUCCUCCAUCGCACCUUCCUCCUUCUCCUUGAGUGUGACCAUGCGCACGACAAAGUUGCGCCUGUCGGCUAUGUAGAGACGACUGUCGUCGGCUGACACGGCAACACCGGUUGGCUUCUGCAGCUCUGCUUCGUGUGCAGGACCUCCGUCUCCCGAUAACCCGCCCUCCCCGCUCCCCGCAACAACAGACACCUCUCCUGCAGGUCCAGAGAGACAUAAACAUGAAAGUGUGUGUCUCCCUCCUUUACUAGUUGACAGAUAAUGCCGACCUGUUUUGGUGUUGACGGCCUUGAUCUGAUGGUUCAAUUGGUCAGCCACAUAGAGUGUGCUGCCUGUGCUGUUGAGUGCGACGCCCGUCGGGUAUUGGAAAGUGGCAGCGAUGCCUGACUCGGACUUGCUGAAGGCUCGUGAGGCCUUGGAGCCUUUCUUGGUCAGAGAUGGACCGCUACCCGCCAAAGUACGCAGUCGACCUGUGCGGUGCACACAGAGGGAAGUAGAGGUAGGUGAUGCACGCCAGAUGAGGCCAUUUGCAUACCAUUCUUGAUAUCGAGGCAUCUGAUUUUGUUGUUGUGGGAGUCUGAGACGUAGAGCAGAGCAUUGUCAGCCGUGGCCACGAGGCCUGUCGGCCGCCUUAACAGGCACUGCAUGGCCGGCCCCUCGUCUUUGCCCUCAUCCUCAGACACACCGGCAAUGCUGCGAAUGGUCCCUGUACGAGAGCAGGCACAUCACGCACAUCAAGGCAGCCUUUUCGAUGCCCACCUUCUCGCAGGUCGACUCGUCUGAUUCUUUGAUUCCUCGUGUCAGCUAUGUAGAGCACAUCAGCUGCUCGUGGGGGUGUAGACACGCCGUAGGGCCAGUAUCUGGUGGCAAGGAAUGCGCUCCUGAUCUUGUGUAGUGUGUAACGGCCACAAUCUGAAUGGCCAUAUGGUUGCUUACAGGCGGCAACUGAUGGCUCGACCCCCGUCGCCCUCGAAUCCAGAGAGCCCGGUACCCACGCACGAAUGGAUGGUGCCUGCAGCAUAUACAGACAGACAACAGAACGCAGUCACCAACAUGAAACCCAUACAUGAGAAGCGCCUCCCCUACCACUCCCCCACCAGUAGAAACGUCGACCACUCGGAUGCGGCAAUUGACCGUAUCGGCGAGGAAUAUCCGCUUGUUGCCUCCCCCAGACACGGUGAGGCCGAAAGGCUGGCUCAGUUUCGCCUCGGUGGCCUUCCCCCCAUCGCCGUAGAGGCCGUCUUCGCCGCAUCCGGCGACUGUGUGUAUCGUUCCGAUGGGCACGCCGGCUGCUUUGUCGGUUCUAGUGGUGGUGCUGACGGGUGGGGGGCCUGUGCUGCUUUCCAUUGGAAGUUGAGUGUCAACGGGUAGCUUCGAG